AUUUUUUAAAAAUUACUUGUGGAAAUUAAGGCUGUCUGUGGAUUUUUAAAUCCAACAUUUACAUCAUUUGGCAUAAACAAACAUUGUGAGAGCAAAAUCGCUCAUUACCGACACUAAUCUAGCAUGAAUCACAAUUUAUGCAAAAUUGAUUGAUGCGUUGCAGAUGAAAUACAAGAAUGUGAAAGCUAGUAUUUAUUAAUAAAAUGUGAUACAUUCUGAUGACUAAGAAGAUGCUACAGACAACACUGCUAGUUUACGUGUUACUUACUGUCUCGUGGGCCAGUGAUGACAGCUUAGAAAACACAGGAUGGAUCCGUUUUACUGUCAAAGAAAUCUGUAAUGACUGGGCUAAACUUCAGUGGGAGCCUGUUCUGGAAAAGUUUUCUAUUUCUCAAAGACCCCCUCGUUUCACAUCAUGUGAAAUUUCCUAUAUGAACCUACAUACCCAAGAGGCAAGACUUGUGAUGGUGGUCCCUGAUUCCAAGGUCAACUGGCUGAAGCUGGGAAAACUAGAGGAAAGUACACACUAUAUGGCUUCAAUGACAUGCAACAAUACCUUCACAUCAGCUACUAUCCAUUUUGUUACAGGAUUUCCUUGCAGGGGAGAGGUUGAGACCGAAGCAUCACUGAACACAACUGAAGUUUCCAGGAAACCAGUACAGUUAAGCAAAGCAAGUGGAGGGAUAUCAGUAACAGACACUGUGUUGGGACUCUUAUUUGGGCUGUGUGGGGCCACCAUAGUCACCUGUGCAGCAUAUUAUUACUGGAAAAAACGCAGGCAUCGUCAACGGAUCCUUCUCAUUUUUAGGCAAUCUCAGUCAGAUCCAUUCCUUGCUCUCCAUGGACCAGCAGAUCAAAUGACAAUCAUUGGUCUUUAAGAUCACUGUCUGGACUGGAUCAUGUUUCUUAAGACUCUUUCUAGAUGUGUUUGCAUCUGCUGUACACAUGCAAAUUCAAAUUUGAAAUUUGAAUCCACCAUUUUUGGAUACCAGGGUACCUGCCAUACUUUGAUAUGGAGUUUAAAGCAAUUUGAGAUGGUGACAAAGUUGUUUGGAUGACAAUGCCUUUGGAUGUUAAAAUACCUGUGUACUGCAUGUUUGUAGUUAUUCAAGUUGUCAGCACCUGGGACCUCUGAUUACUAAAUUGGAAUAUAAAUGUAUGCUCAUGUUUUAUAAGAGAUAUGGAUCAGGAAAUACCAAACUGAUGGAAAAGGAAAUUUUAGCAUCAAUCUGAGUUUCAGGUCCAGCAGCAAAUAAAAUUGAAUAACCAAGUAAUGAAGGGGUGAAUAUGCUUGAAGAUCUUUUUGCAAAGAGGCUUCUGGUAACUAUGCAUCAUUGUCUUAUUAAAAGAUUGCCUUACUCAUGGCGAUUUUCUUGCAACGACUGACAUAUUCCAAGUCAUGGCAAUUUCCUUGCAAUGACUUUAUACGGAUGUUUUAUGGAGAUCAACUGCACUUUGGUGGCCACCAAAUUCAGAUCUUAAAACUUGCAGCAUGCAUCCCUAUUUUUCAUGGAGUCAAGACAUUUUUAAGUUCAUUGGCUGAAUGCUGAACAUGAACAAGGCAUCCCAUCUUCACUUUUUUUUCUUAUGGCGCAGUGAUCCCUGUGUGUGACAAUGGCAUUUAGUUGACAGUGCAAUUAACAGCUUCUGAACACUGUGUGCUCAAGGAGUAUUUAGAAGUAUAUUCAUAGCUUUUACUAUAUUACACCACCAACCUCCACGAAAAUAGAUUGAGAACAACUUGAAUGUGUAGCAACAAACAUUUAGAAAGGUACUCAUUCAAAAAUGGAUUCCAUUUAAAAAGAACCUACAGAUGAGCUUCCCCGGUGAGGAUUCGUGCUGUAGGUCUUACAUUUUAAGUUUACUUGUUGACAUUGUUGAUUGAAAUCAAAUGAGAAUUUGGUGGAGGGAAACAGGGGAAAUAGAAUAAAUGGAUGAUUAAAAGAAAAACAAAAUCCUCAACACAAUCGUGUGAACGUUGAGGAAAUUUUUUAAAAAGUAAAUGCAUUUACAUGUACGCACAUGUGGUUGCAUGUGUACCAAGCUGUCAUAUUCUCCUGCUAUGUUUAUAAAUGUUGCUUUUUGAUCACUAGUUGCUCAGCAUGCUUAAAGAUGUUUAUACAAUUCUUUUACAAUUUGCCUACUGAUGUAUUCUUUUAUCAGCAGGUCUUUAUGUGUAUGCAAAGUAAUUGUGACCAUUAUAGCCUAAUCAUUUACUGCUAAUGUAAAAUGUGAGAUUUUCAAUGUCCAUCCACAGCAUUGCAUAUUUACAAAAUUACACAUAUUUUUGAGUGAUCACAACGAUAACUGUUUUGUGGUUUCUUGUUGAAUAUUUGCAGGCAUAUCAUGGAAGUUGUUGGUAGGGUUUUUUGUGUGAUGUCUCAGCCAUUAAUUUUUUUAAUAGCAUGUGCAAGAAAUAUUUCUUCCACUCCCAGGUGAUAUUUUCCCCCUUUAUAUUGAGAAGGUUGAUCUGCUUUUGGUAUGGAAGGAAGAAAACCUAUGUUCUAAGCAUAGGAGUAAUGUAUCUUUAGAAAAUAAUCUAGCCUACUGCAGCAGUGAAUUCAUUUUAACUUUGGAGAAAGUAGUUCAAAAUUACAAAAUGUAAGCACAUCUGUAGCCUUACAUAAGCUAGUAUUAGCAGAGUUUUUCAUAAAAUACAAAAUGUUUUCAGACUAUCCCACUCAAAAGCUAAAUUUGUUGGGAUGUUCCAGACCUUCAGUAAAAAAAACUGUUGGUGGGUUUAGCCACUCCAGCCCAAACCCCAGUAAAAUAUUGGAGUACUGUUAAUCAGUAGCAGGAAAAAAGUACACAGCAAUGUACAUAAGUUUUUAUUGUGACCGUAAUCACUGAUGUAAUGUUUUAUCAAUAUAAGAGUAUGCCACUGCUGCUGUUUUAUAACAAUGAAAAAAUAUUGCCAUUUAUGACUAGCUUAUUUCAAAAUGUCUUAUGCAAGACCUCCAACAUAUAGUCAAACUCUUUUAAUGUUUUGACAUGCCAGAGGUAUCACCAUUACAAAAAAAAAAAAAAAAAAAAUUGUCUUAUAACAGAUUUACUGAAUCAUCUAAGUGUUAAAAAAAAAAUUUCUGAGCUGAAUUUAUUAAACCUUAAGUAUAAGUCAAGGAAAAAAAAGAUGAAAACACUUAGACUGUGUUACAAUUAAGCACAAAACUUUGACUUUCAUAUUACCCGAUCCCGUUCUUUGUUAAUAGGUUUGAAAUGCGAAAGGUGUCCAGGACAAAUGUUUAGAUCAUGCUCACAUGUAUAUGCUGUGAACAGCCUGUACUCAGCUGAUGGUACUUCUUGUGCAGAUAAAUUGAUGCUGCAUAAGCAGUGGAAUUUAAACGCAAUUUUAAGACAUUGGAGGUUGAAUUCAAAUAGAAAUGUAAAGAUGGUAUCAUAAUGAGUUAUUUUUAUUAAAAAAUUUAGUUUUCUCUCAUGACAAAAUGGUUGUAAGCAAAGAAGAGAAACAGUGGAGGAGAUGUUUUGUCGAUACUGGCUUUUUGAGUUCUCUGGGAAAUAUAUAGCUAUUUUAAAGCCAACAUCAGCAUUUAUUGUGAAAUUUCGCCAAUUACAUCUUUUGGCAUAUUCAAAAUAAAAACACGAUCAUUUUU